CGGCCGCGCCUGCUCCGUGCCCAGCCGGUCGCUCCGUGCCGAACGGGACCCGCCGCAUGCCGGGCCCGCGGGCGCUGCUGGGGCUGGGGCUGGGGCUGCUGGUGGCGGCGGGAGCCAGGGCGGGCGGGCGGUGCCCGAGCCGGGGCUGGGAGCGGGGCUGGGAGCGGGGCUGGGAGCGGGGCUGGGAGCGGGGCCGCUGCCGCCCGCACCGCGCCAUGCACGGCUCCAGCGCGGGGUCCGGCCCGGGGGGGGUCCGGUACCUCGGGCAGGAGGAGGCCCAGGCCAUUGACCAGGAGCUCUUCACCGAGUACAAGUUCAGCGUGGAGCAGCUGAUGGAGCUGGCAGGGCUGAGCUGCGCCACCGCCAUCGCCAAGGCCUACCCACCCAGCUCCUUCACCACCAGCCAGCCCGCCGUGCUGGUCGUGUGCGGGCCGGGGAACAACGGCGGCGACGGUUUGGUCUGUGCCCGGCACCUGAAAAUGUUUGGCUACGAGCCGACCAUCUAUUACCCCAAGCGCCCCAGCAAGCCCCUGUUUGAAGGUUUGACCACCCAGUGCCAGAAGAUGGACAUCCCCUUCCUCCCCGAGUUCCCAGCCGAGGCUGCGCUGAUCGACGAGCUCUACGGGCUGGUGGUGGAUGCCAUUUUCGGGUUCAGCUUCUCGGGGGCGGUGAGGGAGCCCUUCGGCAGCAUCCUCAGCACCCUGCAGCACAUCACGGUGCCCAUCGCCAGCAUCGACAUCCCCUCGGGCUGGGACGUGGAGAAGGGGAAGGUGGAUGGUCUCCAGCCCGACAUGCUGAUCUCACUGACAGCUCCCAAGAGGGCAGCUCUGCAGUUCACCGGCCGCUACCACUUCCUGGGGGGCAGGUUCGUGCCCCCCGCCCUCCAGGAGAAAUACACCCUCAACCUGCCCCCCUACCCCGAGACAGACUGUGUCCUGCGGCUCACCUAGGGCUGGGGCUCAGCUGGCUGCUGGGCCAGGCAGGACAUCCUGCCCAAGCCACAGCUCUCUGCUAGGAGGGUGCUCAGCACCUCACUGGGCUCCAGUUCUGCCCAGUUCUCCCAGUGGAAUGGAAGUUGAGUGCAGAGUGAAGCCCCCAGGAGGUUGGGACUGACAGAGGGGCUGCUGGGGGGGCUCUGUUUGGGGUUGCUACUUUGAGUGCUUCUAGAUGUGUGAUCCAGGAUCUGCCACGUGUCCUGCACUUCAGGAUCGUUUCACUGCAAUAAAAGAUUUAUUUGUGCCCUUGAAAAAAA